AUGAAUGGUGGAACUUGCAAAGUAGAUGAAGUAUCAAGGAAAUAUAAUUGUUACUGUCUACCGAACUUCUCGGGAUCACUUUGUCAAGAUGUCUGUAGUAAAAAAUGUGCUAAUGGUGUUUGUGUGAAAGGAGCACAAGGAGUUGAAGAAUGCCAAUGCAAAGACGGAUGGUCUGGAAUCUUAUGUGAAGUGUCUGGUUCGACUAUUGAAGGAUGUAUCCGCUCUGAAGACUGUUCUGAUGGCAAAAAAUGUAUUGAAAAUGAACGAGGCUUGAAGGUUUGCCUGGCGGAUCCUUGCGAUAUGAAUCCUUGUAAAAACAAUGCGACUUGUCAUGCUGAAACAGAUGAUUAUCACUGUGAUUGUCCACUUGGCUAUGGAGGGAAAAAUUGUGAUACUGACGUGAACGAGUGCGAGCUUUCACCGUGUAGGAACGGGGCGACGUGCAUCAAUUUGGACGGUACUUUUGAGUGUUUGUGUAAUGAACGGUUCAAAGGAGUUUUAUGUGCUGAUGCUGACUUACCUUGUUCUCCGAAUCCGUGCAAGAACAAUGGAGAAUGCGUUGAAAUGAUAGAUGAUUUUCAUUGUAUUUGCUCUAACGAGUUUGCUGGAAAAACAUGUGACAUCGAAAUAUCAAGUGGAACAGUUGAUGCAUGUCAGCCAAGCCCAUGUUUGAACGGUGGUAGAUGUAAUCCUACUGAGGAAAGCUAUGAAUGCCUUUGUCAUCCUGAUUACAGCGGUGAAAAUUGCGAAAUUGUCACAGAAUGUACUGUCGAAGGUAGACGUUGUAUGAAUGGUGGUACUUGUGUUCGUGGAUUGAGCAGAACGUACUGUAAAUGUUCAACUGACUAUGCUGGUGUAUUUUGUGAAACACUGCAACUAAAUUUCGAGGUUGAUCCAUGUUUGGAGAAGCCUUGUCUCAACGGAGGAACAUGUUCGAAUAGAGAUGGCAACAUCACAUGUGACUGUUUACCACUGUAUCAUGGUCCGUUCUGUGGAGCCUUAACUUCCGUCGAUCCAUGUCAGCCAAAUCCAUGCCAAAAUAAUGGUCAUUGUGAACCUGUUGGAGAUCCGUCUGAAGGAGGGUUCUCUUGCAGAUGUUCGGAUCGUUUCGCAGGAAAUAUGUGUGAAACAAUGGUGUCGACAUUUCGGUCAGGAAUUUCGGAAGUGACCAUUCAUACAACAACAGAUUCCAAAUUAACUUCUCAAAACGUCUUCACAAUACCACCAACACUGAAACCUCAUCAGUUUUUAUCAACUUGUGAAGCAUGCGUUAACUCUGAAAAAUGCAUCGAGACCGAAGAUGCUUCGGUUUGCAUUUGCCUUCCCGGAUAUUCUGGAGUGACCUGUGAGAAACGUGGCGAUAUCUGUGAUAAUAGCAAAUGUACGAAACCGCAGGUUUGCCGUAAGAGAGUACGAAUUGCUGACUCUGAAAUUCGCUGUGCUUGUCCAGCAGGAUUUGUCGGCGAGUUGUGCAAUGUUGAUACAACUGUGUCUUUUACCGAAAACAGCUUAUUUAUCUAUCAAAAUCCUAAUCUAAUGAUAGGUUCGUCAUCAGGUGUUCUGCCCUACGAUGUUUCUUUCUCAUUCCGAACGACUGUACCAAAUGUUCACCUUGUUUCAGCUGAUAGCAUAUUUGCAUCGAAACUAUUUUCCCUAUAUUUGGACUCUGGAAAGCUGACGUUGAACAUUACGGGCACUGUAUACAAGAAAGUUUCAACAGUUGCCAUUAACGAUGGUCAAUGGUAUACAGUGGAACUCCAAAAAACUCAGAAAGAUUUCCAAGUCAACCUACUGGAGGAGAGUGGAUACGAAAUUUUGAGCAAAUCGUUCCCUCGGAACUCUCAAUUUGAAAUUUAUUCGACAAGAAUAGGAAAAGUUUCCGACACUGACUUCUUCCUUGGAUGCAUCUCGAACUUGAAAGUUGAUGCAGUUGAUAUUCCCAUGUUUUCUUCGAAUAGAGGAAGAUUCUUGCAACCAGGAUGUAAACGAAUCCCUCAGUGUAAGGAAAACCAAUGUCAGAACGAAGGAGCUUGCAUAGACUUGUGGACAAAAUCAACAUGCGAUUGCAAGCCUCCUUUCCUUCCCCCUAACUGCGCUUUCAGUCUUCUCCCAGCAACAUUCGGUCAUAACAAUAAAAGCUCCCUAGUGGAGAUAAGUGUUCCCAAUGAAUUGUCUGAAAACUUCCGCACUGAAACGAACAUACAAUUUCUGUUAAAAACUAAUAAGCCUUCUGGUUCUAUUUUAUAUUUGGGAGAAGCCGAAGCAGAUGAAGUUGGAACUUUCACUUCGGUUGAAUUGGUCAAUGGAACGAUAUCAGUGAGAACGAGAGCUGGUGGAAAAGCUGUUAAUGUGUUGACCGGCAGACGAUCUGUUAUCGAUAGUAACGAACAUUUAGUUAGAAUCGAACGAACCCAAAGACAUGUCAAGCUUUUCGUUGACGGAAUUUUCGAAUCAGAAGGAGAUAUAACUUCUCGAUUUGAUCAUCCAAUGUUCGUUGAAAAGUUAGUGAUAGGCAGCCCUGAUAAUGAAACAGUAAAAGCUUUUACUUCUACAGCAUACUACAAAGGUUCUCUGCAAGAUAUUCGAGUAAAUGAUAUAUCCGCUAUACUCGAGAACGAGCCAGCUGUAAACAUGGAUGGAAUUGGUCGAAUCGUACAGAUGGAAAACGUUCAGGAAGGUCUUGUAUCGGAUGAUAUUUGCACUGCUAUACAGCCUUGUGAUCAUGGAACUUGCUAUAAUACCUUCAAUGAUUAUGAAUGUGUCUGCCAAAUGGGCUUCUUUGGAAAAAAUUGCGAGCAAAAAGACUACUGUAUCACUUCACCUUGUCCAGCAGACGGUACUUGCCAGAACGUUAACGGAGGAUUCAUUUGCACUUCAUCAGCUUCGUUAGUAAAGGAGAGUAUCUUGAUGUAUAACUUGGACGUUGCUGAAGCCGAAGAAUUAUCGUUCAUUGAACUGUCUAUUCGAACACAUUCAGAUCACGGACGUAUUUUCACAAUGAAUUCUGAAAUUGGGAAUAUUGUUAUGAGCAUUGUUAACAAGCAGUUGGUCAUAACAACUUCAUCCCCAUUUACAAUUCGAAAAACCAUCGCUGAUGGAACCUGGAAAAAUAUUCGUUUAGAAGGAAACAUACUGAAGAUCAAUAACGCUAGCUAUGGUUUGCCGUCCUCUUUAACCAUCCCUACUCCUUUGAACAAGGCACACUUGACUCUUGGAACGUUCGGAUCAUUCCCUUCAUUUGUUGGAUGCAUCGAUAAAGUCAGAUUUGGAAACACCCCAGUGCUGUCGUUCUAUCGUGAAGAAGAUUUGAAAAUUCCCUCUGAUUUGCAUUAUUGGAAGAAUUCUCAAAGAAAAAGGAUCUCAACUAAAUGUCUCUCAUCCCCUCAGUGUGGUGAUAUGUCUCCGUGCUUGAAUGGUGCUGAAUGUCGAGAUGAAUGGAAUUCAUUCCGGUGUUUGUGUUCAUUUGGAUUCACUGGAGCACGUUGUGAGAUCAACAUUAACGAAUGUGAAAAAGCGGAUUGUGUUUAUGGACAUUGUAUUGACAGCUUAGGAGAUUAUAGAUGUCAAUGUGAUGUAGGGUACACAGGACUGUUGUGCGAUACCAUCAUUGAUCAAUGUGCUAAUAAUCCUUGUCAAAACAACGCGUUAUGUUCUUCCGCUAAUGGAAGUGUAUCCUGUGAAUGUGUGAACGACUGGAGAGGAAAGUUCUGUGAUAUACCGAAGCCACAGUCGUGUGAAUUGAAUCCUUGUCAGAACAAUGGAACUUGUAGAAUCAUGGAGGACAAGGUGUCUUGCUCAUGUCUCCAAGGGACAACUGGAGAAUUCUGUGAAGCUGUUCAUGAUGCUUGCUCCACGAGACCGUGUUUGAAUGGUGUUUGUCAGAAGACUCGAACUGGGUUCACUUGCAUAUGUGAGGAAGGAUUUGCUGGUCAAACAUGUUCUGAAAUUGCUGAUUACUGUACUACUGAUUCUUGUGGCAUUCGUGGUAAAUGUAUACCGGCAUGGAACAACACAAUGUGUGAUUGUGACGAAGGUUUCGUUGGGAAAAAGUGUACGAAGCAGCAAGAUGCCUGCUUGACAAUUCCUUGUGAGAACGAUGGUGAAUGCUCAAGUUCAGGACCGUUGUUCAAAUGUAAUUGUCGCAACUAUUAUCUAGGUGACCGUUGUGAAGUAGAAGGCUCAUGUUUAACUAAUCCUUGCGAACAUGGAGACUGUAUUCAACUGAAACAUGAUGAACACGCAUGUAGAUGUCACAAAGGUUAUGAAGGAGCCAACUGCGCAACUAAAAUUGAUUAUUGUAAACUCUCACCAUGUCGGAAUGGAGCUAGAUGUGAGUCUCUAAUUGGUGAAUACAAAUGUCAUUGUCUUGCUGGUUUCAAUGGGUCCAACUGUGAAGAGGACAUCGAUGAAUGUGCUUUCGGUUUCUGCAGCAAUGGUUCGAAGUGUUUGGACCAUGUUAAUGACUACGAAUGUGUUUGUAAUGACACUGGAUACAAAGGUAAAAACUGUACUGAGGAUGUAGAUGAAUGUGCAGUGACAACUAGUUGUAUACAUGGGGUGUGUACUAACAUAGACGGUGGUUACAGAUGCAACUGUCAACACGAGAAUUGUACUCGGUCACUCUACAGCAAUGCGACGAAAUUCUACAGCAAUGCGACGAAAUUCCUCCAAGAAGUAAAAGAAGUGUUAGAAUCGAUGAAUCUUGGCGGAUUAACCAUAACCAAACCUUCGGUUACAAUCGUGUGUCCUUAUGCUGGAAAAACUGUCCAGGAGCAACGCAAGAUUGUUAUGGCUCGCAUUCCAGAAGAAUUUCGAAGUGCUAUGGACUUUCAAAUUGUGGUACAGGAAGGUGUUGGAGAUGUAAUUCCCGGGUGUUUGAAGGAAGUGGAGCAUCCUCCGGACCCGCGUAUUCUUGCUACUCCUCAAGCUCAUUUGGACAACGCGGUGUACUUGCUUUCACGUCGACAAGGAUCCUCUGCGUCUGAGCAACUCUGGUUUCAUCAAUCGAAGACUGUUCUUGUGGAUUAUCUUACGGAUCGAUAUGGUUCUGAUGACAUUUUCAAUUAUUGGCGCGUUCUUGGAGAUUCCCAUUCGAACGGAUAUGAAGAUCGGAAGACUUUAAAGCAAGUUCGCCGUGAUCUCGCGCCGACAAUCCACUUUUGUAAUGCUCUCUACAAUAUCCACAAACAACAAGAAUUGGUCGAGAAGAAAGCGAUCGCUCCGGAGGAAUUCCUGGAAUGGUUUAAGAUUGAAUACGAAUAUUUGUCGAAACCGGUGGAAAAGCUCUGGAAAUUAUAUCGUAAGGUCUAA